GACUGUCGAGUAUCUUAUGUCAUAGAGGCUCAUGGCGCGCAAGUUACCGUCCAUCGCAUCCCCCGCUGCACCAACUUGCUCUUCGCUGUGUACUGACCCGAUGCCAAGCGGCACUCUUCUUGCUCGGGCUGAGAAGCCUGGUGAGGGGUUCGCACCCAUAUCGUACGAUAUAUCGCUCAGCAAUUUUGACCGGGACAGAGGGGUGUUCUCCGGCGAAGUCCGCAUCCACUUGCACACAGUAGAUGUCCAGUGUGAUAUUAUUUCCCUGCAUGCUGUUGGAAUGACAAUCUCGGCCUUGAAAGUUGACGAUCGGGCAGCUCAGUAUGAGCUUUCUGAGGGAAUCCUCGCUAUUCAAGUUCCUGUAAAACGCCAAGCCCACGAGGUGUUCGUCGAGUACACAGGGAAACUGGCAAGGUGUGGUCCUCUGAAAAGCCGCCUCGAUGGCAGUACCAUAACUGUCGCCCCACGCGGAUUAUUCACGGCUGACUCUCAUGCUAAAGGUCACGUCAGCAGCCUCGACGUGAGCGACUUGGAAGCGCUUGCUGACAACAGUGACUUCCCAACUUCCGCGAAGGAGUUUUAUAUUGGUACGAGUUUGGAACCCCGACAUGCACGUCGGGUUUAUCCCUGCGUCGACGACCCACGCUUCAAGGCUUCCUUCACACUGAGGGUAGCUGAGAGGGACGUUGGUGAUAACUCGAUCACUUCUAUAAGUGCGGCCCGACGACUCGAAGGUUCGGUCGCGUUUAACACCCCGGGAGACCUUCGACUGCCAACCUACUCUGUAGGGCUCUUUAUUGGCCCUUUCUCUGAGUAUGUGGCGAGUGAUCGAGUGCGAAUAGCAUAUUUUUGUGAAGAAGACGGUUUCUCUGACACCGCGAACCACACACUUCUCGACAAACGACAGCGUCACAGUCGAGAUCGCCUUGAGCUCACACCAGCUGUGAGUGGACAUGCUGCCGCGUUUGCCUUAGAGCAGAUGAUGCUCUGGUUUGGUGAAGUAACGCCUUAUCCUUCCCCACCUAACCUGUUGCGUAUCGUGGCUCUACCUCAUCAUCGUGGUCUCGGCCUUGAAACUUUCGGUAGCAUCUCGGUGAAGGAUACCUAUUGCUUGUUGCCGAAGAUUGCCAAUGAGAUUCGUACUAUUGAAAAAGAGAAGAAGCAGUACCCGGAUGGUCAGGGAACACUUCUUGCUGCGAAAUUGAAGCAUCUGUCGGAGUUGCUUAGUCGUAGACGGCGCACCGCCCGGCUGAUGUGCCACGAGGUUUCCCAUAUGUGGUUUGGUGACAUGCUCACCCCGCGGAGUUUUCAACAACUCUGGCUCAAGGAGGGUAUGGCCAGACUGCUCGAAUUCAUCAUGUGCGAGUUGUUACCGACCUGGACGGAAGACGCUCGGAUCUCCACGAAGGAACUGCAUGUGCAUCCACUGGUGACCCUAGUAGGCAUCUUGUCAGGAUCUCAUCCGAUCGAGUGUCCAAAGGCGAGCACUAGUGGGACUGAUGACACCGAAGUGGUCUUUGAUACCAUCGCCUAUGGUAAGGGGGCAUGCGUGCUUCGGAUGCUCCGAAGCGCCGUUGGAGAAGAGGCCUUCAUCAAAGGUUUGCGGUCACUCUUGAAGAGCCAUGGGCAGUCCACCUACACUGAAGAGGAUCUGUGGCGUGCCAUGGGAGAUGCUUCCGGAUGGUCAGCUAGGGAGAUUGCUGAUUGGAUGAACACGUGGCUGCGAGAGCCGGGCUUGCCUGUGGUACAAUCGGCGGUAGAAGAACUAGGAAACGGCUACGCUUUGAAGCUGUGGCAGCUAGAGGAGCCUUGUGUGAUUUCCAAGCGACCGCCGUGGAUUACGGGGAUGGAAAAAGGAAGCGAGACUGAGUUCGAUGGUAGAUUCAGCCCAAGGCGGAUACCCCUGAAAUUGAAGAUAUGGUGGCUGAAACAUAAAUCCGUGGUUUAUGAAGACAACCUUCACUGUUGGCUGGAUUCGAAGCAUGUGCCUGGUAACCCGCUGGAGAUCAUCAUAGACCGCCCAGAUGCUUCUGACUGCGAGUUGGCAUUGCUCAUAAACCCCGAACUUGAGAGUUUUGUGCUUUGUCCGCCGCCAUCAUUCGAGACGCUACCACCAGUGGGUUGUCUCAGCCGAGUCCAACAGUGUGCUUUGCUGGCCUCCUUGGCGCUCGAUAUCAAGCGGCGUCGAGAGGCCUGUGUUGCAGGCGCGCAUGAUGUGGAAAAGGAGUGGUAUUGGAAGGCUCUAUGGACAGUAGCCGGCGCUUCUGAUGGUGGUAAACUCUCAGCAGCUGGUGCGUUCUAUACGGCUGUUGAAGCUGAGUGCGAGGUGAGCCUCACGUAA